GUUCUUUUCUUGAUCAACAAGUCGGAAAUUCUCUCCAUCGACUUUUAUUUUUGAAGCGAUUGGAUCAAUCAGGAAUAGCGCAGGGAUCCAUCGACUACGAUUAUCCGAUGACGAGUGAGGGCGAAGAUGCCGUUCGUCGCCGCGGUGCUGUUACCGAGUACCGGAAAAAGAUGCUUCAACAUAAAGAGCUUGAUUCUCGAGUUCGAGGAGUGAGAGAGACUUUGCGGAGUACAAAGAAAGAUUAUGCCAAAACAGAAGAUGAUUUGAAGUCUCUUCAAAGUGUUGGACAGAUCAUAGGCGAGGUUCUCAGGCCUCUGGACAACGAGCGAUUGAUAGUUAAAGCCAGUAGUGGUCCAAGGUAUGUAGUUGGGUGCCGAAGUAAAGUAGACAAGGAAAAACUAACCGCUGGGACUAGAGUGGUUCUUGAUAUGACAACGCUUACCAUUAUGCGAGCACUGCCACGUGAGGUUGAUCCAGUCGUUUAUAACAUGCUUCAUGAAGAUCCCGGGAAUGUUAGCUAUUCUGCAGUUGGAGGGCUAUCAGAUCAGAUUCGGGAACUUAGGGAAUCAAUAGAAUUGCCUCUGAUGAAUCCCGAGCUUUUCCUAAGGGUGGGCAUUAAACCUCCCAAGGGUGUUCUUCUCUAUGGACCUCCUGGUACUGGCAAGACAUUACUUGCUAGAGCAAUUGCUAGCAACAUAGAUGCUAAUUUCUUGAAGGUUGUGUCAAGUGCCAUUAUUGAUAAGUACAUAGGAGAGAGUGCAAGAUUGAUCAGGGAAAUGUUUAGUUACGCACGUGAUCACCAGCCCUGCAUCAUAUUCAUGGACGAGAUUGAUGCCAUUGGUGGACGCCGAUUUAGUGAGGGAACUAGUGCUGACCGUGAAAUUCAAAGAACGCUCAUGGAGUUGCUCAAUCAGCUCGAUGGAUUUGAUCAGCUUGGAAAGGUAAAAAUGAUUAUGGCGACAAAUAGACCGGAUGUUCUGGAUCCAGCUCUUCUUCGUCCAGGCCGAUUAGACAGGAAAAUAGAGAUCCCACUGCCAAACGAGCAAUCAAGAAUGGAAAUCCUUAAGAUUCAUGCUGCUGGGAUUGCUAAGCAUGGUGAAAUUGAUUAUGAGGCAGUUGUUAAACUUGCUGAGGGGUUUAAUGGAGCCGAUCUUCGUAAUGUAUGCACCGAAGCUGGUAUGUCUGCAAUCCGUGCAGAACGUGAUUAUGUUAUCCAUGAAGAUUUCAUGAAGGCUGUUCGUAAACUGAACGAGGCUAAGAAGCUCGAAUCAAGUGCUCAUUACAAUGCUGAUUUUGGGAAAGAGUAAGAAGGUAUCUUAUUAUCAAUGUACACUAUAAGGAGACUAUUGUUUACUUGUCCUGUAAAAGAUUCAGUUGCCCCCUUUUCAAUUUAUUCAAUCGUCUGAUCAUGCAUUGAUGUUUAUACCCGCUUUUAUCAGUUAUAUUACGGUCUUUC